AUGCUAAGCCUCCGACGUCAAAUGCAGUAUGUAGCGACUAGAAAAAGAUAUUUUUAUACCAGUAAUAUGAAAUGUGGUUACAUCGUUCUCGUUCCGGAAAUAGGUGAAGAAGGUCUAACGGGCGAUAUUACCAUCGAACCGGGCGGCUUGCCAGAUUUCAACGACAUCACCAUUGAAAACUGUUUAGGGGCCAUUGGCCGUCAAGCAGGAGUAGUUGAAAAGAGUGUUAAACAAAUAGAAAGCAAAAUAUUAGCACUACCGACAAACAAAUCAAUAGACACGGUUGAGCUGUUUCGUAAAUUAGAUGAAGCAACUGGUCCUUUAGAUACCACCUGGGGUACAGCCAAAGCCUUGUAUUUAGGAAAUAGCACGCUUAUACCAACUAAAACAUAUAUGAAUAUACACGAUCGUGCUCGAAAGGCCAGAGCUUCCAAAUUUUGCAGCAAAUCAAUAUAUGAUGCUUUACAAAAAGAAAAAAAAGCGAUUGUUGGCACCUUUGAGGAGCGGCUGCUGCGGAAGUAUUUAUUAGAAGGCGGACUGAAUGGUUUGGGCUUAAAAGACGAUACUCGUGCAAGCUUGAAGGACGUUUUACUACGUCUAGGAAGGGAACGCGCAAAUUUUAAAAACAAAGUAAACAUAUCUAUGCACAGCUUUGCGCACUUAAUUAAAGAUUACCAAUUGGUUCGCGAUUUUCCGUCUACACUUUUGGAAGCGACUAUAAUUGAUAACAACAACACAAAUCAAGGUCCUUGGAAGUUUACAUUGCAGCCGCAAGUUGUUGAUGGCUUUUUAAAACAUUGCCCGGAUCGAAUACACCGUUGGAAUAUCUGGCAAGCUAAUGUACGCAAAGCCUCCACUCAUAUGGACAAGAGUUUAGAAAAUAGCACACACAUAGAAAAGAUAAGGUCAUUGCGAAAACGGCAGGCCAAUAUUUUAGGCUACCCAAAUUACGCUACCAUGUCCAUGCAGACGAAAAUGGCCAGCAGCAUAUCUAACUUGAAGCAAAUAUUUUCCAAAUUGCUACAAUUCGCAGGACCGACUCAAUCCGUAGAAAUCGAACAACUACAAAAUUUCGCCACAGCUAGUGGCUUUGAACACAGGUUAGACGUCUACGAUGUUAGUUAUUGGCAGCGCAAAUAUCUUCUAUCGAAGUAUAAACUUGACGAGGAGGCUCUUCGAAAAUAUUUCCCAUUGCCGAAAACACUCUCUGGGCUGUUUGCUUUUAGUGAAAGUUUGUUUGGCAUUAAAAUUGUGGAACGUACGGAUGCACAGGUUUGGCAACCUCUUGUAAAAUACUAUGAUGUUUACGACAACGAUCGGGGAUUAAAAUCAGUUGGUGGCUUUUAUAUUGAUUGUUACUCCAAAGAAAAUAAAUUUGGAAAAAAUAAUGGAUGGAUGGUCAGCAUCCGUAAUCGUAAUGACUCCGCUAAAUUGUCGCCACUUUGUGCCCUGAUAUUUAAUUUUACCCCGCCAUCAGGGAAUGGGCCUUGUUUGCUUAGUAUGGAUGACUUGCGAAUGGUUUUCAAAACUUUCGGUUCGGCAUUACAGCACAUCUUGACAGAAGCUCCAUUUACGGAUUUAGCUGGCCUGUCAAAUAUUGAAUGGGACGCAUCUCAAGUUGCAGGAUGCGUUCUAAGUAAUUUCCUCGAUAAUCCGUCUAUUUUGAAAACCAUUUCAGAUAGCCAAAAUUGCGGUUCCCUUCCAGAUGACUUAGCCCAGAAAACAAAACUAUUUAAAACCCAUUUAGCUGGUUACAAUUUGUGUGAAGAAUUAUAUAUUGCCGACUUGGAUGUAGAACUUCAUCAAUGUGAUAAUUUUUGGUUAGAUGUAGUUCGUAAACUGUGGCCCGUGUAUAAAUGUAUGCCUUUGGACAAAAAAGAUUCACAUCCUUGCUCAUUUACUGAAAUUUUCUCGGGUGAUUGGGGUGCAGCCCAAUUUAGUCAUUUAUAUUCUAAAGUAAUUGCGGCAGACAUUAUGGAGGCCUUUGAAGAUAAUAAUGAGGAUAUGAACUCAGUAGGUGAAAGAUUUAAGAAAACAUUUCUAUCGCUAGGGGGAGCCGUGCCUGCUGCUGAAGUAUUCCGGCGUUUUCGAGGUCGAGAUCCGUCUGUCGAAGCUUUGUUAAAAUCAUUGAACAUCUGGCGAGAUACGCGAACCCCUCACAGUUUAUAAUUUGAUUUUUAAAAUCACAAAAUGUGAAAUUGUUUGAAAUUUACUUUUUUUAAUAAAGAAAUUGUGACGCCGCGGAAAUCAACAAAACACCUUCGAAAUGUUGAAAAAUUGCGCAUUCUAUACCCGAUAUACGGCAACUUAAGCUAACGCUUUGAUUUUUUUAUGCUUUUUGUUGAUAAAUUAUAUUAUAUAAAUUAGAUAAUCUAUAAAUUCUAGCAUAUAUUUUACUAAAGCCUUUUGAUUUCACCUAUCCAUGAUUUAAAUACAACAAUAAUAGUACCCCAAAAUUAAUUAUAUACAUGGCUAAGAAUUAUGAACGAAAAAAUUUCACUUUGCUGUUCAAUUAUUAAUGAAAUAGUGUUAGAAGCAAUUCCUUCAUUUCCUUUACUAUAGAGGCAAAUAAUGCGACAAACGCACUGACACUCAAACACAAUUCGACAAAUAAAUAAGGUUCUCAGCUGUUAAAGCCAAUUCCAUCGACUGAUUAACAAUGUUGUGCAAAUGAGAGCGCAGCAUUUGUUCAUUUUCGGCAGGAAAUAAACUAACGCUACCGAAUAUCAACUUGAAAAGCGUUAGAUACAGAUUCGAUCUUUCCUCGUUAGUACCCAUUUCAUGCGUUUUACCCAGUAAAUAUUCCGCAAGUGUUGUAGCAAAUGGGGGAGAAUUUCACGGGAUUAGCUAAGAAAGAAUUGGCCACUAUUUGCAGUGACGGAUUCUUGUGUAUGCGUUCAACCGUGUAAACGAAGUGAAGUAUUAAUAGAAUAUAUAUCCAAAGCCUCCAUUGCCCAAUGAACUAAACCAAUAUAAAUACUGACUUCGUGCGAUUGAAAGAGUUUUUUUUUUGCUUGAGUUUAAUAACGUCAACCAACGGUGACUAA